AAGCAAUUCUAAGACGAACGUGCAGAUCCACAGUCGUCUCUGACAACCAGUAGAUCAACAUUUUGCCAGAAAUCAAUUCAGCAGCUUCAGAACUAUCAUUUGAAGGUGAAGAUGAUCAGAUCAAUUGCCCUUUGUCUUGUUUUGAUGGCGGUGUCACUAUGUGCAGUCGAUGGUGCCCCAACGACCGAUAUGCCACCUUUAUGCGGGAACAAUACAAGGUGCUGCAGGAUUGAAAAAAACAACGUGACUCGCUGCAAGAAUACCCCGAGUCCAAAUAGCCAAGGUAUUGCACCUUGCCCCAAGCCCUGGUCCUGUAUUUGUGUUCCAGAAGAGCCACUGGCAUGUCCUGAACUUACAACACAGUGUCCGGAUGUUCAACAAGUCACGUGUGAUGGUACAGCUUACACCUUCACCGACAGCCAUCAAUUUGUCGCCGUCAAUUUAGCACCGUUGCGAUACUACAUCAGCUACACCGGGUGCAACGAUGUCAUUAUAUCCACAUGUAACACCGCCGACUACGACACAAAGCUGGCUCUUUUUGCCUGUGAUGCGUUGUCUAAUACUGAAUCCGGUGGGAGUCAGACAUGCAACAUCUACCAAGAGUACAGUCUGUACUAUAACGACUACGACAACAGGUGUUCUGGUUACACCUCUUUGAUUCAGAUUCCCGAAGGAGAGCUAGCCAUUGGAACGUAUGCAAUAGGUGUGUACGGGUACGACACCAGAGAAGGGACCUUUACGGUGUCUAUCACUUGUUAGAGAUUUCACGGUCGUUGAGCGCAACCAAGAAAUUGAACUGUGGGCAUGACCCGCUCGAGAAUAACUGAAUUGCCAGAGACUGCAUUUGUAUUCCAGAUUAUAUCAAGUUUAUCGUAAAGACCAAAUCACUGAAAUACUAGUAUCCAGCUGAUCGAAUGAAAAAUGAUGAAUUAUAAAAGUUGAGAUGAAGAUUAUAUCCUUACAUAAGUCAUUAAUAAAUC